UCCGGGCUCUGUCGGUCAGUCUACCUGUCUGGCUGGGCUGGGGCCGCCGGGCCAGUGUACUGGUGCAAAGUAGAGCCGAGCUGAGCCGAGCCAAGCCGAGCCAUGAGCGGGGAGUCUGGGGACGAGCUCGCAGCGCCCCCUCCCGGGGAGGCUCUGCCCGGCAGCGGGGUCCGCAUCGUGGUGGAGUACUGUGAACCCUGUGGAUUUGAGUCCACCUACCUGGAACUGGCAAGUGCUGUGAAGGAAGAGUAUCCUGGCAUCAAGAUUGAGUCACGCCUUGGGGGCACUGGAGCCUUCGAGAUUGAGAUCAAUGGACAGUUGGUAUUUUCCAAACUGGAAAAUGGAGGAUUUCCCUAUGAAAAGGAUCUCAUUGAGGCUAUUCGAAGAGCCAGUAGUGGAGAACCUCUGGAAAAGAUCACCAAUAGCCGCCCUCCCUGUGUUAUCCUGUGACCUUGCAAGGGCUCUAGUUCCCUCCUGUGUUGGGGCUCCUUCCCUAUGCCCCUCCAUUCUGGAUGCCCAUUCCAUUUGGGGGUCCACUCCACUUUACAAAGUCCUCCCUCAUUGGAGAUUAGGAUGAGAGAGCCCAUCUCAUUGACCAAGCAUUGGUUCACCCCAAUACCCCUCUGGGUCUUGUCACCUCUCUCCCUACCCCCUCUGCGCUGAGAGAUUCCAGCCAACUUCUUGGUGAAGCCAGGGGGCAAGAGCUUUGGAGAUUCCAGUUAUAAGCCUGACUGCUACCUCCCUAAAGAGAGGAUGGGUCAGCCCAAGCUCAGAGUAGAGGGGACAAAAUCCCCCUCCCCCGACACCCUAACCCCCAGGGUUUCAUAGAAACUUCACACCUACAGUUUCGUGCAAGCAUAUACACAUGGUGCCUCAGAGAUACCUGUACCCUCCCUUGCCUGGCAGUGCCAAUGAGAAAUGCCACCAAACCUAAUUUAUUUCCCACAUACAUACACAAAAAACACAUCCCCUUACUCUCGGGGAAAUAUCAAUUGUUGGCAAUAAAGUGUCACUGCUACUCUC